AUGCCCUUCCUCGACCAUGCCCUUCGCAUAAUAUAUCUACUCUAUAUUCUUACUGUCGCUGCUGCUGCGCCCCGUAAUAUCACCAUCGAUGACGAGCUUGGAGACGAACUUACCGGAAAUCGGCCCUCAUUCUCACCCCUCCUCGGGUGGGCGCAAGGAGCUGUGUGCGAUGGUUGUCUCAAGUUGGACGCAGGCCAGACUAUACAACGUACAUGGCAUGAUCAUACUCAUCGAUCCAACGAGACUCGGAGCGCAGUAUCCUUCCCUUUUAGUGGCACAGCGGUGUUCGUAUACUGCAUCCUAGCAAAUAACUUAACAGGAAUCACGACGCUGGCCAAUUAUUCCUUUUUCCUAGAUGGCGCGGAGGUUGGGCGCUUUAUCCACGUACCCGAAAACGGGUCAGAUUUCCAGUACAACGUGCUGGUCUACUCCAACACAUCCGUACCGAACGGGAACCACACCUUCCAGCUCCUGGCUGAUUCGAACGUCAGCGACACGUUGAUUCUGUUUGACUAUGCACAAUACACGCUUGACAUAGAUGCGCCCGCAACUAUUCGAGCUCAACUUCCGGACACUGAGUCGCCUCCUGCAAAUCAGCAGUCCAACAGCACAGCAAGUCUGCAACAAACUGCAGCGAUCGUUGCUGGAGUCCUGGGUGGAGUGGCUAUAACUGGGCUUGGGAUUAUAUUGUAUCUACUGCGCCAUCGAUUGCGCCGACGCCCGGCGGGCCCUUCGAUCACACCGUUCCCAUUGACGGAUAUGAGUCGGUCUCGUGUGGAGGAGCAAUUGGGGGAUGACCGACCAAGAGGUCAGCCAAGGGGACGACAGAGCGGGCCAACAUCAGGUGGGCGCCGAGCACGACCCCGAGCCCAACCAGAACCUAUCACCCCAUUUAAACUCCAACAACCUAUCAAUCCCCAACCCGAAAAAGGAGCUCGCCCGGCACUACGCCGAUAUCGACUAGUAAUCCUAGCAGCAGAGCCUCUGGCCCAGCCCCUCCAGACCACCAAAGGGACCAUCAUCGUCGGCAUAGAAGGCAUCCUGAACAUUCGAGUUCCGAUCCUUCCGCGAGCAGUGCUAGCCAUGAUGGGUCACGUCCCCCGGCAAAUGGUCGCAGAGGCGAAAACCAAAGGCAGCCCCGCCCCAGAGGCGUGGUUCCCGAGGAGCGAAGAAGGCGGGUUCAUAUUGCAGAAAGCGACCCUUCCCAAUCCGCACCUUCGGAAGGCUCUUCUCGGCACACUCAGAUUCCUGUUGAAUCAGAACAGUCAUCGCCAUCUCGAAGUGCGAAUCACAGAAGCAGGCCUAUUCGACAUGCUCGCAUGGAAUCAAACACAUCUGUUCCGUCGUCUUCGUCUUCUGAUAGAAGGCCGCAUCACGAGCUCGCAGAAAUCAGAGAGGCCCUGUCAGAUCUUCAGACGCAGCACGAAGCCAUAA